AUGGAUCUCGCGAUUGACUCAGGCAGUUCUCAUGGCAGCUACGUGUCUCAUCUUAUGUCUCGGCUGGCUCUACAACGCGAGCGGAUGCGCGUAGACUGCAUCGAUAUACUUUCGGCUUUGAUGCAGCACUGCCCAGAGGAACUCAGCUUCGAAGCCAUUGAAGCUCUGCAGCAUGCCCGCAUCUUUCUUCACUACCCGAUUCGUCCUUCUGUGAUGUACGAGUUGCUGGAUCUGACAAACACGCAGUACUUCAAGCGGACUCUCGAGCUGCUGCUCUCUGAACACGCACAAACUGCUGAAAGGGUUUUGCAAAUCGCUCCGGUCCUCUGGUAUAAUGCCCUCAAGCACGAAGACUCUGCGCCUGUCCGAGUGAUGGCCGUAGCCACGAGCCGCCGCUUUUACAUCGUCGAGAGGCCCACAGGAAUAAGAGAGCCUUUAUUUCCUGAACGAGAAUACGUUUAUAAUAAAGGAGAAGGAAUUCGCCUCAUAGAAAUCAGAGAGUACAGACACCUGACAAGAAUUGUAAAGGGAUAUCCAGCAGACAACUGGCUCGCAGCAGGUUGGCUCCAUAAGGAGAACGAAGGGCCCAACGGGGAGACCUUCGAUUGUCUCCUCAUGGAAGUGCUGAGCCAAACGACAGACUUCAUUGUCUGUCUCCGCGCGCUCUCAGGUAGGGAGACGGAGGAGGAGCGAGUAGAUGUGCUGAGGGACGUUGUCUCUGCCGAGUGUCUCCUGCAGCAUAUAAAGCUGCAAAUAAUACAAGACAGUUUCUUAGCAAUAAGGCGAACAUCCCAUUGGGACUUGCAUGAGUUCUUCAUCGACUGGAAGUACUGGUUUGCUUUCGACCCCACCAGCGCAGAAGAGCAGUGGGGGGUGCAGCUACAAUGUCUGCAAGGAGAGACAGAUGAAUUGAACUGGCGGCUGCCUCAAGGAGGUCUAACAAAUUUUUUAGGUUGGGUAGAAGAAGAAGAAGAAGAAGAAGAAAAAGAAAAAGAAACACAAGAAAAUGCAGAUAAAGAUAAUAUCAAAGACUUUGUCAAAGAUAAAGAAGAAUACACCUUAAAAGGGAUUCGAUUAGAUGCUAUCAAUCAACUUGGUUGUCAAAUCUCUUCGGUCGUCAGCGCGGCCGAACGCAGCGCCGAUUAUCUGCAGCUAAAGAAAAUUUGUUUAAACCAAAUGAAAAACAUAAACUUCAAGAUAUAA